AUGGACCGCGUGGAGCUGAAGAAAGUCUGCACGGAGGCAGACGAUGACAGCACAGACAGUUUGGACGACCGCUUCACAGAGCCCAUCGACUCAGAGAAGGCCACCAUCAACAGGUGUGGUUCAAUACUAUAUUCAUUAUUUUAUCUGAGACUUUCUACAGAAAAAACAGGAAGGAAAGCACAUUGCCUUAGUUGUUGCGACAAGAAUGUGUUCUUUGCCGAAUUGUAGAUGUUAGAUCCUCUAACUCCCCUGUAAAUAAAUUAUGUUCUUUAUCAUCAAUUUCUUGUCUCCUACCUAUCAUUGUCUAAUGAACACAAUGCUUUUCAAUACACUGGUCAGGAGAAUCUCUCAGCUCAUAGCUUCACUGUAAACCGCCAACAGAUUAGCUACACUGUAAUCUCAUUGCUUCAAUCACCAAAUAAAUAGUUUACAAAAGCCCAAUAGAAGCUUGAACUAGCAUAACUGACCCUAUAACCACUCAUAAAGUCAUAACAUAGCUGUCGUAAACUAGUCGUAAAUAAUUAUUUUAAACUAGAGAUUGAUUCAAUGAUUGUACAUCUGCAGUCACUUCCUGGAUGAGGAUGGAGAUGCAGAGAGCCACAAGUUUCUCACUAAUGGGAUUAUGAAGAAGAAGAAGUACGAGGAGUAUCAAGAAGAAUACGUAAGAAGACUGAUGAUAAACUAUCGAUGACAACACAUGCAUGUUUGCUCUUGCUCUUGCAACGACUUUGACCAUUUCCUCAAAAGCUAUCUGCUUUUAUUGAAUCCUUCCUUCCGAGGAACCCUUUCGUAGGAACUGAUAGUUACGCGUGUGUGACGCAUAUGUGUGUGUGAAAUGUUCUUGUUUACGAUCAGUUGAACUCAUGGUAAACUCUCUCUUACCCGCUCUCUCUAACUUUCUCUCUCUCAGCACCCUGGACAUACCUCCUUUGGUAUGUCAGUCUUCAACCUGAGUAAUGCAAUCAUGGGCAGCGGCAUUCUGGGUCUCUCCUACGCCAUGGCCAACACUGGCAUUGUGCUUUUUGUGUAAGUGUGUGCCAACUUCUGCCAUAGAGACAAUGUGGAAUGGGGUCAGUGUUUGGUUUCUGCCACAGUCAAGUGAUUAAAGCACCAGUUAAUAAAGUAAAGUAUUCUGUCUGCAUCGUAUAGUAUUACUGAUAGGACUGCUUUAGAGUCUUUGGUAUAGCAAGUGGGGUUUGACAACAGGGUUAGUGGUGGGGUAUGUAUUCGGGAAUAGGCAGACACAGACACUAACUGGCUCGGAAAUCAGGACCUUUUUGUGACAAACCAGGUUUCUCAAAUGUCCAAAACAGGAUGGUUAUUCUUUCUUUCAGUCCUGUUUCCGCUGUAUAUGGCUGGGCUUUACCAAGAAAUGAUUUAGUGACUGAGUACUUUCACUAAGCAAAAACAUUAUCAUUUUCGCCAUAUCCCUGAAAGUGAUUGAAGGACAGGAGACAAGGAAGUAGAUUAGGAACCCACUUGAUGAUUAUAGUGGCGCAGCCGGUUUGUUUCCGGUCCUAAGGAGUUUACAGGGAGUCCCUUAACGUCAGUCCCCCUCAUCAAUUGCGACAUCUUACUUCCCCACCAUCUAUUCUGGGCUUCCCUGACAUUCCGGAAGGUGGUAUUACAUAACACCCAUUUGAUACAGUCAUUCACCUGCUUGCCUGUCUCUGGCCAACAAUAGUACAGGGAGGGGUACAGGGGCAACUCUCAAUUCAAAAACAACAUCUUUAAUUCAGUUAGUUUAAUAUGUUAGAGCCCAUUGGAGGCUGGAUGAUUGGGUUAGAGGCUCCUUGGUGACCUCUUUAAGCAUAAGGUGAUAGAUUUAAGGCUGCUCAUGUUCAGCCGAUGCGGGAAACCCAUACCCCCUCCAGGAAUAACUCACAAGUUACUUUAUUUACUUAUAUAAGAGCCUAGAGUGUAGUCUGGUCUCUAGGCAGUGGCACGCAUUGGUCUACCACUCUUUUGUCUGAGCUGGCACUUAUAUAUUGACAUGGCAUGAUAGUGUCUUUGACAUGUGCUUUAGGCAUUGGAACAUGGUCUUCUCAAAUAGGCAAUAAAUGCUUGCCAGAGAAAGCAUCCGGACCCCCCUCAAGUGAAAUACGACUAAGGUUCUAAAAGCUAAGUUUACUUCCCUAAAUAGGUCAUGGGGAAAACAGAGUGAGAGUGACUAGGGGGGGAAACUAGUGAAAGUUAUUAUGUAGGGUGUUUUGUAACCCAGUUGAUUCCCCUCCAAGUGUUGUUCAUUGUGAUUUGUGUAAGAUUUCCGUAUGGUAGAGCCAAAUGCUAAUGUCUGACUGCUUUCUAUCCCAACGUAGAAUCCUUCUCUUGGGUGUGGCCAUCUUGUCGUUGUACUCCGUUCACUUGCUGUUAGUGACUGCAAAAGAAGGAGGUGGGUGUCAUUUUUAAACUCAUGAACAUAUAUGUCUGUCUGUCAUUAGUCUCUGUCUGUCUAUCUGUCUGUCUGUCUGGCCUCAAUUUCCUGCUACUUUUUCUCUGUAUAUUUGAAUAUCAAUCAUCACCACAUUGUCAUUCUAACAGGUUCUCUCAUCUAUGAGAAGUUGGGAGAGCGAGCUUUUGGCUGGCCGGGGAAAAUGGCUGCAUUUGGAUCGAUAACCCUUCAAAAUAUUGGUGGUAAGUGAACAGCUAAUGUUGCAUUAAUUGUAGUGUUAUAAUUCUAUUUUGAUAUGUUCAUGCUGUGGACAUGCUAGUUGGUUUCAGUGUGGUCAAAUCUUUCUGUUUUUUGUGUUUAUUUGCACACAGCCAUGUCCAGCUACCUCUUCAUUGUAAAGUAUGAGCUGCCAGAAGUGAUCCGUGCCUUCAUGGGACUGGAGGAGAGCUCUGGGUAAGUGUCUGUCUGUCAUUGGUUAACUAUUUCAUCAAAUCAGUUAUUUGUAGUUCAUUUGACACAGAUGGCACAACACACUACACAGUUUGGUUGGUGUAUUUAUAGAUGGAUGGAUUGAUGCUCUGUGUGUGAGACCUGUUCUCUCUGCGUUGUGUACAGUGAAUGGUACAUGAACGGAAACUACCUGGUUGUGUUUGUAUCCAUCGGUAUCAUCCUGCCUCUCUGUAUACUCAAAAACCUGGGUAAGUGGUGUGUGUGUGUGUGUGUGUGUGUGUGUGUGUGUGUGUGUGUGUCUGGGCAUGUGAGUGUGUGCGGGAACGAGUGUGUGUGUUUCCGAGUUAGUCUUUGUGUACUUUGUUUACAUAAUGUGUGUGAGUGUUUGCGUGAUUGUAAAUGAGUUUCUCUCUAAUUCUCUCUCUUGUCGCUAGGCUACCUUGGCUACACCAGUGGCUUCUCCCUAUCCUGCAUGGUGUUUUUCCUGGGAGUGGUAAGUUCAACCUGUCUCCUCUUGCUUCGCUAGUUUAGCAUUUUUAGCCCGCUGAAUGACUGAUCAAUGACGGGUGAUGGUGCUGAUAAAUGGUAUUAUAUACAGUACCAUCAGAUGUGAGAUAAGACGGCUACAUUUCACCUUCCGUCAAUAUGGCAACAACUCCUGCUUUUUAUGAUCUCUGACGUUCUUUUUCUGUCCUGUCACGUUUCAAUGCAGACAGAAAAUACUUGUUGCCAAAAUAGUACAUUUCGCCUAUGUUGCUUUUGUAUUCUUGGCGCACGGCGUCUUGAUUGUACCUACUUUCUCCUCCUUAAAUGUCAUCCUGACAGUUUGUAGGGUAUUAUGCCAGUGCUGGCUUUGCUCUCACAGGCAAUGUGGCCGAUUUGCAUGCCAUGGGAGCUCCUAGUAACAUUUAGAAUAUGCCUGCUGUGGCUUUCAGCUGGUUAGUUACCAUACAUGAGAUUAGAGAUGAGUUUAUCAAUAGCCUUCUAUUGAUAUCUUAAACUCCACUUUGGCCCACUUGCUCUCUAGUGGUGUAUCAUAUUAAACACUGAUACAGUCUGUGCCAUCAUUAAUGAAAUAGAUCUAUGCUUGCGGCCACACUUAGCUUUACACGGAAUUGAAAGAUUAUAGGAUGGAAGGAACUCAUUGCUCUGCAAUAUAAUGGCAUAUAAUGGAAUGCUGCCUAUGUAAUAUAAUGCAUUUCUAUGUUUGCUAAUCGUCCCAUCUCACCCCUCUGUCCCCAUCUAACCCCUCUGUCCCCAUCUCCCCCUCUCCCCCCUGUUUACCCCUCAGCUGAUCUAUAAGAAGUACAACCUCCCCUGCCCGAUGCCCUUCAUGUACCAUCAUACCAACCACAGUAUGAAUGGAACAGCCCUGGGGCCCCACGCCCUGCACAACGGCACCGUCCUCAUGCACUUCUCCAGAGCUGACAUGUCCCCCGCCUCCUACCUGGACAACCACCACACCUCAGGGGUCCGCUUCGAACCACACCCCGACGACGUGGAGGAGAUGUGCACGCCCAAGUACUUUGUGUUCAACUCUCAGGUGAGUUGGUGAGGUGUGGAGGUACUGUAUGUGGGUGGGAGGUGGAGGUAUGUGGGAGGGGUGUGUAUGUGUGGUGAGUCAGGAUGCUUAAUGUCAUAAUUCUGUGUUUUGGAAACAAUAUCCUCUGAAAAACAUUCCCAGAAACUGGAUUAAUCAAGGUUUAGAAGAACCCAAUUCUUAACGUACAUGAAAUCAAACCAAACAUUGUUAGCUUCUGUGAGUGUGAAUCUGGGCCUGUGUUUCAUCCACUGUCUCUUCCUGUCAUUUCAGACUGCUUACACUGUUCCCAUCCUGGCCUUCUCCUUUGUGUGUCACCCUGAAAUUCUACCCAUCUACAGUGAACUCAAAGAGUGAGUGCAUCCAAGUGAAUUACAAAAGACACAUUUGCAUAGACGCUCACAAACGCUCAUAUAAAUUGCUGCAGUACAUUUUCUCCUUCAACUCACAUCUCAACUUGCGUCUUCCCCCAGUCGCUCCCGGAGAAAGAUGCAGAACGUGUCCAACCUGUCCAUCUUGGCCAUGCUGGUCAUGUACAUGCUCUCAGCGCUGUUCGGCUACCUCACUUUCUACGGUAAGAUACACACACAAUAAGAUACAUUUGCAGCAAUUGUAUUACUUCGUUUCUGCUUUUAUUGCCGUUAUAUGUUAACUUUAUGAGUGAAAUGUUUGAAAAAGAGCCAGUAGUAUGUAUUAAAACACUAGUAAGCUACCAUAACCAUUGAGGUGGGUGUGUUUGUUUACCAUACCUCUCUUUCACACCAAGUUGAGGCUUUUGUAUUGGUGUGUCUCUGACAGCUUGUAUUCCUUCUUUCUCCCAAACACAGAAAACGUGGAGGCGGAGUUGCUCCACACCUUCACCAAGGUGUAUAAGUUUGACACCAUGCUCCUGCUGGUCCGUCUGGCUGUCCUGACCGCUGUCACCCUGACUGUCCCCAUUGUCCUGUUCCCUGUAAGUACAACGAGCAUCUGCUCAAACACACACGCAUGCAUUUACACACACACACAGACACACACAGAGACUCACACACACCUACAUACACAAAACAUAUGCACACAUUCUCACGCCUAUAAUUUAUGGUGGCACACUGCACACAUUCACACGCUGCUCAACACCUAGGUCAUUUUAUCCAAAUGAGCUAAGCAUCCAUUAAUUAUUUUAAUACCAACAACAGGGUCUCUUUCUAUAUUGGCUGAGUGAGUGGGUGAUGUUGACACGGCUGGUUUUCUUGCUGAACAUGGUAAAGCACAUACUGUUCUGCUGUGAUGUUAGCUGACUCAUUAUUGGACUUUCAGCAAUUCCCGUCAAUCCAACUCCCCAGGUCCCAAAUGAGAACCAGCCCAGGUUUUCAAAGCUCUGUUUGUCUGCCGUAAGAUUCCUUACAAGAUAACUCUUUCCCUCCCCCAAUCAUACUCUCGAUCAUACUUUAGACACACAAACACAAGCAUAAGCACAAACACAAAUUAACACGCACACACAUACACAGCUUUGAAACAAUUGCACCCCUGCACUGCUCCCCAAAUGAUGUCAUACAUAUUCUGUCUCUUCCUUCUGGGUGACACAUACAUGUACAGGCACAGCAUGUGAAAGCACAAAAAAGUCGCUCUGGAUAAGAACGUCUGCUAAAUGACUAAAAUGUCAAUGCAAAUGUGAAAAAGCAGUGAUAAAAUAGUUGUCUUGUUCAUCACAAGCUCUUUAGCCUGGCUGCCAAGGAACACAGUGUAAUGUUCACAACUCCUCUGUCUCUCAUUACCCAGUCAGCUCUCAGUAGCAUAUUGUUACCACAUGCUGUCCUAGCAAAUAUAUACCAUAAUGUCAAUUACUACCGUCCUUAUUUUGUUAAAGUGUAAGCUGCAGUUUAGCCUUGUUUUUACAGUUUAGCCUUGUUUUUACAGUUUAGCCUUGUUUUUUACAGUUUAGCCUUGUUUUUACAGUUUAGCCUUGUUUUUACAGUUUAGCCUUGGUUUUUACAGUUUAGCUUCGGUUUGUACAGUUUAGCCUUGGUUUGUACAGUUUAGCCUCUGUUUUUACAGUUUAGCCUCGGUUUUUACAGUUUAGCCUCGGUUUGUACAGUUUAGCCUUGGUUUGUAGCGUCAGUUCAGGUCUGAUACUGUGUUUCUGUUCCACCGGUUAUUAUGUGACCUCCUUUUCAUGCGGCCUGCCUGCCUGUCUGCCUGCCUGUGGUGUGUGUGUGAGUCACUGAAUGCGUUGGCCUCACAUGGCCAUACCUGACCCCCCUAUAUGGCCGUGGGCUAUAUUUGUCUUGGCCCUAGCCUGGCACAGGAGCCCAUAAAGGGCUGAGGGCUUAGAGGUGUCAUGGACCUCCAUUGUAGCCUACAAUAAACCAUGCAUUAGCACUUAGCAGUGCCCAUUAUAAUGGAUCCUCUCAAAGGACUUAGUUGACCCACUGUUUACUUACAGGCACUGUAGCUUGCAGGAGUUGGGAGAUGGGUUCUUGCGAUGGGAGAGACAGUUUUAGGAUGGAAGGGUAAUGGAGUAUGUGUUGGUGGUGUUGUUACACUGAGACACCAGCAGAGGGCAGGGAAGAACUGUCAGCCCCAUGGCUCUGGUCAGCCCUGCUUGGAGAGAUAAAGAGAGGUGGGGGGUGUUGCAGUUUUGUCUGUGGGCUGGAGCGGUACACACACACACACACACCUUGUAUGUGGGCUAUACUGAUACUCACACACACACACACACACACAGAGAAAUACACACACUCACCAGCUCUCUCACUGUGGGGGUGAAUGCUUCUUUGGUCAUGGGAAUGUGCGAGUGAAUCUCACAAUCCCAGUGGAAGUUUACAGGAGAUAAGCCCUGAGCAGACAGUGGAAAAACCCUCACCUCGACCUCCCCCUCAGAGAGAGGGAGGGAGAGAGAAAGAUAGAUAGAUAGAGGGAGGGAGGGACAAUGCACUCACUGACAACUGCAGCUGACACCAAAAUGCAGUGCCAGAAGGGAGAGGCUAUAGGGACUAGUGCCCAAAUUGAUUACGUUUCUUGCGCACCGAGAGUCGAGUGGAGACGAACGGAUUCGGUUCAGUCAGUCUCCCAAUGAGACCUUCCCAGCUAGCUAGUUUAUGCUUGUGGCUAGAAACUUCAGCGAGAAUUUGAAAUUUGUCUGCCGAAGUUGAAAUCAUUUAGUUUUUUAUGAGUUGUUUUUGUUUUUAUGUAGCGUUAGACGUUAAUGCCGUAGUUGGACAUUUUUUGUGACAAUUACUACAAUAAAUGUCCUUCAGCUGUCACCCUGGCCUGAUAUUGGCUACACUAUCUAGCUACCCCUUCCUUACUGCGGCAAGCGGGAGUGAAGAACACUGUACCCCGUGUUGUUGUGUUGCCUGCUUGCAGCGCAAUCUCUCCCCAUUGGGCAGUAGACUGUAUCACUGUGACAUCCAGAUGGUUACUACAAACAUUACAUUAUUUUUCGUCUAGGCUUCUAUCCUACUCGGAAUAAAAUCAAGUGGGAUGGAAGAAAUUGUAGAGGGUGACCAGGUCCAGAUGGUGACUAAUACUACAAGUUAUUUCUCUCUCGCCCAUCGAGAUUAUCAUCACUUUCUUUUACAAGUUUUAACUAGCACCAUGCUGCUACUGUUACCAGGUAGCCAGCAUAAACUAGCUGGGAAGGGCUUAUCAGGACGACUGACUGAACCAAAUCCCUUCGUCUCUACACGACUCUCAGCUGCGCGACAUACACUACAUGACCAAAAGUGGUGUGGUCCUCUGUAGCUCAAUUGGUAGAGCAUGGCGCUUGUAACACCAGGGUAGUGGGUUCGAUCCCCGGGACCACCCAUACGUAAAAAAUGUAUGCACACAUGACUGUAAGUCGCUUUGGAUAAAAGCAUCUGCUAAAUGGCAUAUUAUUAUUUAUUUAUUUAAAAGUAUGUGGACACCUGCUCGUCGAACAUCUCAUUCCAAAAUCAUAGGCAUUAAUAUGGUUGGUCCCCCCUCUGCUGCUAUAGCAGCCUCCACUCUUCUGGGAAGGCUUUCCACUAGAUGUUGGAACAUUGCUGCGGGGACGUUCUGCCACGAGAGCAUUAGUGAGAUCGGGCACUGAUGUUGGGCGAUUAGGCCUGGCUCGCAGUCGGCUUCCCAAUUCAUCCCAAAGGUGUUCGAUGGGGUUGUGGUCAGGGCUGUGUGCAGGCCAGUCAAGUUCUUCCACACCAAUCUAGACAAACCAUUUCUGUAUGGACCUCGCUUUGUUCACGGGGGCAUUGUCAUGCUGAAACAGGAAAGGGCCUUCCCCAAACUGUUGCCACAAAGUUGGAAGCACAGAAUCGUCUAGAAUGUCAUUGUAUGCUGUAGCAUUAAGAUUUCCCUUCAAUGGAACUAAGGGGCCUAGCCCGAACCAUGUAAAACAGCCCCAGACCAUUAUUCCUCCUCCACCAAACUUUACAGUUGGCACUAUGCAUUCGGGUAGGUAGCGUUCUCCUGGCAUCCGCCAAACCCAGAUUCGUCCGUCGGAUUGCCAGAUGAUGAAGCCUGAUUCAUCACUCUAGAGAACGCGUUUCCACUGCUCCAGAGUCCAAUGGCGGCGUGCUUUACACCACUCCAGCCGACGCUUGGCAUUGCGCAUGGUGAUCUUAGGCUUGUGUGCGGCUGCUCGGCCAUGGAAACCCAUUUCCCGACGAACAGUUCUUGUGCUGGCGUUGCUUCCAGAGGCAGUUAGGAACUCGGUAGUGAGUGUUACAACCGAGGACAUGCGAUUUUUACGCGCUUCAGCACUCGGCUGUCCCGUUCUGUGAGCUUGUGUGGCCUACCACUUCUCGGCUGAGCCGUUGUUGCUCCUAGACGUUUCUACUUAACAAUAACAGCACUUACAGUUGACAGCUCUAGCAGGGCACAAAUUUGAUGAACUGACUUGUUGGAAAGGUGGCAUCCUAUGACGGUGCCACGUUGAAAGUCACUGAGCUCUUCAGUACGGGUCAUUCUACUGCCACUGUUUGUCUAUGGAGAUUGCAUGGCAGUGUGCUUGAUUUUAUACACUUGUCAGCAACGGGUGUGGCUGAAAUAACUGAAUCCACUAAUUUGAAGGGGUGUCCACAUACGUUUGGUGUAUGUCAUCCAUUAGGGAAAGGGAAAGGGGGGUACCUAGUCAGUUCUACAACUAAAUGCAUUCAACUGAUGCAUUUAACCGCUCUGGAUCAGAGGGCACCAGCUCAGAAGGACAAGACAGAGGAACACCCCCAGGACCCCAAGAGAACAUGUCUGUAACACGUUACACAUUUUGUGCUCCUGUCCACUUGUGCCCCUGUCUACGGAAAAAAAAUGAAAAAAACGUAUGCAUUCACUAACUGUAAGUCGCUCUGGAUAAGAGCUAAAUCUCUGGAUCUGCUAAAUGACAAAAAUGUAAAAGUAAAUGUGUGUCUGUAAAGCCCCUCCCAUAGCAGAAAGGCGCCUUGAGCAGGCCGUAGUCAAGCACAGAAACUAAGGGAGGCGAUGUGAACAUAAAGCAAGUACAGCAUGUCGAAUACAUGUUUGGACACAAUCAUGUCACAAUGUCUGCUGCCGUGUUCGCUGUAGCCAUUAGCUACUGGUCUGUUACGCCUGAAAAACUGUGGGGGGCAUAGCAUAUGCAUGACAUCAUCUUUUCCAAACACAUGAGUCUAGGCCUAGAUAACCCAGCAGCAUCAAACCAUUGAUUUCCCCCCCUUGACUGCUGCUCAGGCUUCAACAAAGCAUCACGUGCACCUCAGCAUUUACAGCGCAGUGAGUUCAGUUCACCGCACAAGCUUGAGGAGAUAGUUUUAUGGAGGUGAAAUGAAAGUAACUAGUCACGCUGGCAUCACGUUGCCAGGUGUCCAGCCCUCUGAAUCACGAGACGUGACAUUUGAGACCUCCCCUUGAGAGUCCUUUGCCCUUCAUUUUGCAGAGAGUCCUUCAGCACCCAGAUGAACGUUUGCUUUGUCUCUCAAGCACUAUGUCCUUGAGUACAGGCGGGAGGGCUGGGGUUGUGUAGGAGGGACGAGGGGAGGAGAGGUGGAAGGGUGGGCUCAAACAGUAAAGACCCUAAUGUCAACAGUAGAGAUACUUGGUCACGAACCAGCAGGUUUUAAUGAAACAGUAUUUAGAUGUGGUAGGCGGACUUGCCUAGUACCCAUGCUCCAUGCUCUUUUUGUUUCAUGGCUCCUCAAUAACUGGAACACAAACUACCAGAUUACCUCAAGUCAACUGUUCAUUUUUCUGUUUAAGAAGUCACUUAAAAUGUUCUUAAGUAUAAUGAUUCCUGUUUUCAUGAGUUAUUUUAAUUUACUUACAACAUUGUUUUUGAAUGUUGGUGUGAUAUGAUCUGUUAUAUUGUGAUAUUCUCUGGCCUCAUUUCAAGGCGUUUGGCCUUUUCUUGAUCGUAUCUCCAAUGAUGUAAAUAAAGCAGCGGGACCAAACGCAUGUUAUGAAAUAAGGGCUUCUAACUAUUAACCUUGUUAUUUGCUGGUGCUAACGGCUCUGUAAUAAGAAGUGAUUCUGUUUGUGUUGCAGUCAGCUAUGAUGGCUACAUUGGCCUGUUAGUGCUUGUACUCUUAUGAUGGAGUUGUUAGGUUGCUGCUGAGUUUUCCACUAGAGGGCAGGUCAGAGAAGGCAAACCCUGUGGUGCACAUGCACAGUGCCCUGUUGGCUGUGACCAAAAGUAACCUGCCGUGCAUGCUGUCUUUUCACAGUGACUUCAUGGAAAAUAAGCUUAUAGUUAGUAAGUUAAUUAUAUACCAGCCCCUAUUAUUGCUGUGAUACAGUAUUUUCUGGAUAAUUUGACUGGCUUUACAAAGUGAACCCUGUCACCUGUCUUUGACAGUGGUUGAAUAGGCUUGUUGAAUAUGGUGGAAAAGGGAUUAAAAUGGGUUUUAUUUCUGAUGGCCAGUCAUUUGAGGAUUUAAAAAAUCUCAAGUUAAAACCUCUCUAUCUUACUUCUGACCUUAUGGUGUGAUUGUUUAUUUUAAUCUUGAAUGUAGCUUUUUGCUCUACCCUUUUUAAUGUCUUCCUCCCCUAUGAAAAAAGCAGGAGCAAACCAAGGCGUAGUAAUUCCAGGCCCUAUAUCUAGCUGUAGCUGAAAAGGUUGCAGAAUCUUUCACUUGGUUGGAGCCCAGUUGGCUCCCUGGUUUUGGGCCAUGUUGCUAGCUUUUGGCUGGCCUGGUAGACCCAGGUACCUUAGCAGCGGUGGCGCUUUGCCACAUAUCUCACCCCAGUGGGAGCUGUCAUAGCUGGUGGAGGGAGGGAGAUGCAGUGAAAUAUUGCAUGGUGCAAUCCAAAGGCCCUGCGCAGGAUCUCUGUUGGGCGCUGAAUAGUUCAGAGCCUUGGCGGCCAGGUGGGUACAAAUGUCACGCCCAGGCACCAGGUUUUCACCGGCCCAAUUAUGCAAUGGCUGCUGGGAGAGGGGAUGGUUUAUUAUCAAUGGGGGGGGGGGGGGGGGAUUUUGCCUAGCAUAGUUACUGCCACUCCCUCAAAAUAAUAAGGGUGUUAAUCGCUGCCACUCCUUCAUACAUUCUUUCAGCAAGGUGUCAGUGUCGGACAUUUUGGCUCGAAAUCCACAACUCAAGACAGCAGCACGCCAUCAUCCCUCACCAAACAAGUAUUUAGACUGAAACAUGAACCAGCCAAGCAUCUCGUAUUUCUGCUCUUUAAAUGGAUACGUAGGAACGGGAUCAUUAGUGAAAAGAGCAAAUGAGAGGAUUUCAAUAAAGGGGAAAAUUAGGGAAACUGUUAAGUGACAAGCGUUGCCUGGAGGCAGGGCACGCCUCUCCCCUGCUGCCUUCGGUCCCGCCUUCUCUGGCCCUCGGCUGAUGCAAUCCCAGGGUGCUGUUGCAGGAGGCUCUCCCGAAGUUAAUCCUCUGCUGUUUGAAUGGCGCUUUAAACCCCGCCUCCUCAACCUUUCCCUCUGUGGCCGGCUGGCCUGUAGCGAUUCCUUUUCACCUGAUACCCGUGACCUCUCACCCAGUGAAGUCUUUAACUCAAUGCCUUGAGCUGUGCAGCUCUCAGCCUCUUAGCUGGUGGCCUCCUUCCAUGCAACUCUGCCUGGCUGCAUACUUAGAAUCUCACCUGCUGCAGUUGACACACUUCAGUCAGCAGCCAACUGUAGGAAUUGGCCUGUGGGCUUAGACUGGUUUGCAGACAUGACUGACAAUAAUACCUACUCGCCCUUGAAUUUGACUGUGUGUGUGUAUUUGUUUGUGUGUGUGCGUGUGCGUAAGAGAAAUAAUGACAAAAAAGUGCUGUAUUAAUCAAUACAUUAAAAAACACUUUACAAGUGGUAUCCUAAGUGUCAACUGAUUCUGAGUAUGUAGCAGUUGUGUGUUUUCUGAGCCGAUCAGACGUUAUAAAGAGGUUUGCGUUGUGUUGCAGAUCCGUUCCUCCAUCAACACGAUGCUGUUCAGCCAACGGGAGUUCAGCUGGGUGCGUCACAUGCUCAUCGCCGCAUUCAUCCUCGUGUUCAACAACCUGCUGGUCAUCUUCGUCCCCACCAUCAGAGACAUCUUCGGCUUCAUCGGUGAGUCCUCCUCCACCACAGCAGUGGUCCCCAACCCAUUCCUGGAGCGCUACGGGGUGUGCAGGCUUUUGGUCGCACCAAGCACUAACACUGAUUAAACUUAUUGAUGUCUUGAUGUGGAGGUAUUUCGUUGAAUGAGGUGUGUUAGUGCUUGGCUGGGUCAAAAUCCUGCACACCCUGAGGCUAGUACUGUCUAAGUGAGGACAUUUGUUUAGACAGAAAAGGCUAAAUGACUGAUGGUCUUCUUCCUGUUUCCCAGGCUCCUCUGCAGCCACCAUGCUCAUCUUCAUCCUGCCUGCUGCCUUCUAUCUACGGCUGGUAAAGUCUGUGCCGAUGCGCUCCCUGCAGAAGAUCUCAGUAAGUGUGCAGGAAACAGUGGUACACAAACACACACACAUACACUCCAAAUCAGAUAUGGUGACUCACAGACAGAACAGUCACUGUGACACACGCAACAUAUGACACACACAUGAAAUAGCCUGCCGAAAUUAGCACCCAUCACUUGAGGCUCCCAACAUGCCCAUACAGAGACACCAUAGCUGUUAUUAGAACAACCCCCCAGCACUUAGACAACAACCCUGGUUUACAGAUUUACAGCAGUCCCCUAAAACAGGGUUUCCCAGAGGCUCACCUGAGAUUCUUGCCAAAAAAGGAUUGCACUAAACGUACAAAAUAUGCACACUUCACACAACCUCCUCUCACAGUGUCGUUGUUCUUUUUCCUAAUGUAUCUUAGGCGGCCAUUUUCCUGGUGGUGGGCAUCAUCUUCAUGUUCAGCAGCCUGUCGCUUAUCGUGAUGGACUGGAUCCACAACCCUCCCGGCUCCGGCGGUGGUCACUAAGCACCCCCGUCCCCAGCCCCACCGAGACUGGACGCUCCCAGAGGACCCCCCUUACCUCCACCCCCUCUCACCUCAACCCCCCUCCCCUGACUGGGCCUUGGGGGUAAGGUCACC